CGUUUGUCUCGUUUGUCAUGUCACUGUCAAAAAGCAUAAUUACCAAAAAAAUUUUAUUAUUUUUAUUAAUUGUAAUAACUAAAAUUGCUAAUUAUUUAUAAUUGUUAUUUAUUAACACAUUAAUCCACUAGUCAAAUUCUUGUAUACCGUCGCUAUAAGUGGUAUUUUCAUGGCGGAAUAGAGCUUAUAUAGUGUUUUUAUAGUGGUUACUUUUACUAAUAUAUUGACGCUUAAAAAUGGCAAAAUCUCAAGUAAAUACGAAAUCUAAUAAUUAUAUUAAGGAUAAGGAUGUAUUUUUAAAAGAACUUAGACAGUUCAAUGAAUCUAAAAAUAUACCAUGGAAGGUACCUGUUGUGAAUGGUGUAGAGAUAGAUUUGUUUCAUUUCUAUACAUUGGUGCAGCAACGGGGAGGACUUAGUAAGGUUAAUCAAAAUGAUACAUGGGAAUCGUUUUUGCGACCCUUAAGAUUACCACAUCCCUGCGUAAAUGGGUCCACACUGCUGCGUAGAAUUUAUGGAACACAUUUAGAAAAAUAUGAAAGAGCCAAAGGUCCACCAGGCCGAGACGACGACAAUGACAUGGACGAGGACCCCAGGAGGACCCGUGGUGGAGGAAUGCCGCGAAUAUCAUUUGGUGGUGGUAUUUACAUUUCAGCUUCGGGAGAGACCAUCCAAACUGGCACACGUAUUGCAGGACCCUCAGAAAGGCUUGCUCUUUCCCUCCUCUCUCCGAUGCCCAAUGAGCAGGACUUUGCUGUGAAUGUAUGCACUGUUCUAGCUGCAGACCAUUCAAAUAGACUACCAUUAUCGUCCACACCACAUAUAUUGGAUUUCUUGUUGGCUCAUGCUGGUGUUUAUAAUCACUCGAGUCUUCGAGAUACAAUCGGCCGUUCGUAUUACGAGGCUCGUGGCCGUUAUCCAGAUGACUUCUGGAACAUGAGAGCUGGCGGCGGCGGUGCCAAGGAGCUAGCGGAUGAAACUAAAUUCAUGCAGCCAGGCGUGGAACAGCCUGAGCUGAUGGUGCAGGCUUUAGCUGCCCAUAAUGCGCUCACAGACUGUCUCAUGCAGGAAGACGAAGUGGAGGACAUUGGUGAAAGGACUGAGAAAAUCAUUGAGGAGGAGGUGAUGGAAGACUGGGUCACGGAACCGUCAGAUGAGAACCAACUGUUCGCACCGGAGUUACCUGGUGGGGCGUCUUGCGUGUACACACAGAGGGUACUGCAAAUUGCUUCCAUAGUCCGUUCCCUGUCGUUUCACGAGGAAAAUGUGCAGUAUUUAGCUAAGAACACUACACUUAUCAGGUUCCUGCUGUUGUGCGCUAAUUGCUGGGUUGGGUCGCUGCGACAAUCUGGUCUUGAUACAUUGGGCAAUGUGUCAACUGAACUUAUUAUUAAGGACCCAGCCACGUGCCUAAUAUCACGUCACGUGCUGUCGACGAUACAGUCGGCGCUGGUGUCGGCCGACCGCGCCCGCGUGCUGGCGGCGCUCGAGCUGCUCAACAAACUCGCUCAGAACGAGGCCAACGAGGACGCGCUGCUCAAGGCCUUAGAGGCCAAGGUGUACGCGGACGUGUGCGCGCUGCUGUCGCUGCGGGACAUCAUGGUGCUGGUGUGCACGCUGGAGUGCGUGUACGCGCUGACGUCGCUGGGCGACCGCGCCGGCGAGGCCGUGGCGCGCGUGCCCGGCCUCGUGCACACGCUCGUCUCGCUCGUCACCGUCGAGGCCCAGAGCUACGGUCCGCGGGCGUGUAUUCUGAUGCGCGUGGUGGAGACGGUGAGCGGCCCCAGUGCGCUGGCGGCCGUGAGCGCGCCCGCCGCCACCACCGCCACCACCGCCAGCGACCGCGACCAGCCCGCCGACCGGCAGCCACCCACUGUUCACCAGCAAACAGCGCCGAAGCCGGUACCGGAGCCCCCGGCGGCUGUAGUGACGGCCUCGACCUCCGCCCCUGCGGCUGCUGCCCCCGCGCCCGCUGCCGCCCCGCCGCUCUCCAGCAUACAACAGUCGCACUUACAGCAGAGGACUGUGCAGGAGAACGAGCACUUCGCGCAAGCCUGGUUGCGGUCGACGUUCGAGCCACUCCCUCCGAACGAUAACAGCGCAAGCGACGCUGGCGACCUCUACCGGCAGUACCUCGCGUGCUGCAAUAAGCUCGGUCGCAAGGGGGUCAUCGCUCCUGCACACUUCCCACGCCUCGUUAGGACGGUAUUCGGUGGUACAGUGGGUCCCAACACUGUCACGUUACCAAGCGGCGAGACCCAGCAGGUGUACAUUGGUAUACGCGCAAGAAAUGUACAGAGCAGACCUAAUCCACCUGCAGGACCCUCGUCUCCAAUACUGAAAGCACAAUUGACGAAUAAACCAGCAGAAGCUAAACCAGUAGUAACACAAUCGCAGCCCCAACCACAGCAGCCGGUGGUCUCCCACCCGCACCUCUCCCAAGCCCUCGAGUCGAGUCCGUCCAACACGACCCUCAUAAAGCACCUACUCGCCCACAAAGUAAGCCCCGCACAACAACAGCAUCAAGUUGCUCAAAGACAACAAAACCAGCAGAGACCGCCAUCAACGCCCUCUGUCGUCGUGCAGCCUAACCAGGUGAUGGAUGUAGAUCCGGAGGCUCUCAUCAAAUGUACAACCAUAACGCCUGGCGGUGUUGCCAGCAGCACACCAGUCGGUGAAAAGGUUAUUAUCACGACACCGGAAGAAGCAGUUUCAGUCAAAGAGGAACCGGUACAGAUCCAAAUAGACGAGCAGUCGCAAUUAACUAUUAAAACAGCACAGAAUAAAAUGCUCGCUGAUUUAUUGGAGAAAAAAUCUAAUCCCCCAGUACAGGUAGUACAAAUGACGCCUCAAAUCAACGCGCCGACAAUUCAAAUCACUGAGACGGGUCAAAUCGUUCAAGUCAAACCAGAUUCUAAUCCUGUCAUACAAAUUAACGCUGAUCCAUCUCUAGUGUCUCAAACUGGCCAGUAUUUUCAAAUAAAGAACGAACAAGGUCAGAUAAUUCAAAUAAAGAACGACCAAGGUCAGAUUAUUCAGUUGAAAAGCGAUCAGAUACAAGCACCGGUGAUGCAAUUCAAGAAUGAACAAGGUCAGAUCGUUCAAAUAAAGAACGAGGGUAAUAUUGUACAAAGUCAGAUAAUACAACAGGGCGUAGUGCAAAGUAUAAAGAGUGAGAAAGAUCAGAUUGUUGAGACAGUGGUGACUGAUCAUUCGUACACAGAACCGCCCAGUAAGAAACCGAGGUUCGAGGAAAAGAGAGAGACAAGUUCACCGCAGGAGAGCGUAUCGAAAACUGCAGCUAAUUUGUACGCUGCGUUAGCGGCUUCAGCGCUUGAAGAUGAAGAGGAUUUGCGGCCUCCUGGGAUGUUGCUAGCGUCAGCUCUACGUGCUAAGAUGCCCCCAAAACAAGAGCCAGUAGAAGUGAUACAACCAUCAGUACUGGUUACUGGGGCUGGGGACAACGCGUCGGUUAUCAUACAAGAGCCUAUUUUGCAGGUACAACAACCAACUUUGCAAGUUCAACAACCAACAUUGCAAGUGCAGUCUUCUGCGUUACAGGUGCAACAGCCAACUUUGCAAGUGCAGCAACCGAUGUUGCAAGUGCAGCCUAUGGAUGUUCAAAAUAUCAUCGCAUCACAGUCUGGGCAAAUAAUUUUGCAAGAGAAGACUAUUGCAUCACAACCGACGCAGUUUGUCCAACAACCCAUGCAGAUAAUUGCGACACCGAGUACUUCUCAAGGAGGUCUGAGUUAUAUAGCACAGAAUUUACCGGGCAAUAUGAUGCAGAAAACGAUCAUUAUAGUCCAAGGGCCAACCGGAGGGGGGCCGCUUACUCUAACCGUGAACAACCCCGGCGGGCUGGACGAGGCUACGUUGAACAGCCUUAUUACCCAAGCAACAGAGGCUAUAACGCAACAGCAAAUCAUUCAGAACUCGGGCGUGAUACAGUCCACUCAGAGGGUGAUAGUGAGUCAGCCCACGCUAGUGAGCACGUCACAACCCAUCACUGUGGUGAAAACGGCCAUCGCUCAGAACUCACCGCAAAUAACACCAAGUCAGCAACCGAUCAUUACAACUCAACCGCAACCUCACAAGGCCCAAAUAGUCAACCCAACACAACAACAACAAAUUGUUGUAACACAGAAGCAACCGCCGGCUUUGAUUAGUACGCCGUCGAGCAACCAGCAAAUAAUACAAGGCAACCAGCAACUCUUGCAAGGCAACCAGCAGAUAAUAGCGGUUUCCAAUAACCAGCAGAUUAUUGUUAACACGCCCAUGAAGGCGGGUGUACAUACUGUUGUCCAGCAACCGCAGAGGAGGCAAGUGGUUGCCAAUGUACAAUCCACUGUUGUUAGUCAACCGUCUGUCAUACAGAGCGAUAGUAAGACCAGUGUUAUUCAAACUAAUGCGAAGGCCGUCCAGCCGGCGAUGCGUCAAGUGAUAUCUCGGCAGCCAGUUAUGGUGGGCAACACCAAGAUCGGCGACAAGGAAAUGAUAGUAUCACAGCCCGUCACUGAUAAACCAGCUCCACCGAAACCUUCAGCGACACCACCGCUGCAACCGAUCACUCCCCAGGAAGACACCCCAUGGAUAUGCCACUGGAGAGGAUGUGGCAAAACGUUCUCGAGCGCGAGCGAAGUGUUCUCGCACGCUGCACGCUCACACUGCCCGCCGUCGGCGGCGGGCGAGGCGCCGUGCCUGUGGCUCGACUGCGACCGCGUGCCGCGCAAGACCUUCGCGCUGCUCAACCACCUCACCGACAAGCACUGCUCGCCGCAUGCGUUAAAAGCGUUAUAUAACUCACGGCGCCACGCGGCGGCCGAAGCAGAAGCAAACAAGCCGGUAUCCCUCGGAUAUCCACCGAACGCGGCACUUGCGGCUUUAAACAAACACGCGGCGGAUAUGUUCAAUCCUAGAGAGCUAAUGCACAGGGCCGAACUCAGUCGCACACCGGAGCAACUGGAUGAGAAUGAAGGUCCUGUAACGAAGAGUAUACGACUUACAGCGGCCCUUAUACUUAGGAAUAUUGUCAUAUAUUCCAAUACUGGACGAAGACAACUCCGCUCAUACGAGGCUCACUUAGCAUCGAUCGCCCUGAGCAGCGUGGAAGCGUCUAGAACGAUCGCCCAAGUGCUAUACGAUAUGAACAACAUCUGAGAAUCGUCUGACGGGCUCAGGCCCGACUACAUCUAGCAGAGAGGAACUCGAAUAAACAAUAGAUAAUAUGGAACUUGGAUAUGAUAUACAUUUCAAAUCGAUUGAGGUAUCUCCAACUAAUUUAUACCGUCAGUUAAAUGGAGUUGAUAACUGAUACAUCGAAGAAAAAAUUUGCCCACUUUUGGGAUAUGUUUUAGAAUUUGACAGUAGAUUGUAUUAUGCAUAAAAUAUGAAUUAAAACACUAAAUUGAGAACGAGUAAGGAUCGUAAUGUGAUGGCCCCAUGUGGUAGCUUUCAAUAAUCAUCAUUGUAUGUUAAGGUGCACAAUACACGAUCAAGCAUUGAGUUAUGAGUAAAGUUACCAGUUCUAAUUUCAAAAUGCCCAUAAAAAAUAUGAUAUAUUUUUUUUAAAGAUAGAACAAUAUUUGAAGUUUUAAUUAUUAUUUUUUGUUUAAUUCGUUAAAGACAAUUUUUAUUAAUUUUAAAUGUUUUUUUUUUUUAUUAAGACACUUACGUUGUAGUCACGACAACUACUUUUCAGACUUGGCAACAUUAUUUUUGUAUUGUGAAGAUAACUGGUAGCUACUUAAAAUUUAUCAUGACUCAUAUUAAUACUAGGAAAAUGACAAUAUUGUAAAUAAAUGCCAUGAAUAGAAAUUUUGACAAGACUCUUAACAUUAAUAUAUUCAUUAAUAACUAUAUAUUACGGAUAUGUCUUAUAGCAGCAAUUACAAGGGAACUUCUAUAAGGGCGUUAUCACAUGUGAAAUCUCUGUCUACUACGCAAAGGACAUGGCGUGUAGAUAGAUAAGAUAAAUCUUAGAAUUUCACUUUGUCGUUUCAGAAAGGACGAAGUGAAAUUUUGAAUUUACAUUAUUUGUGAAUACGAAUGGCAAGUAAAAAAAAACCAUAUAAUUGAUUAAUUUAUAAGAGUAAUUUUCAGCAAAUGCGAUCCAAGCCCAACUUCUAUGGACCUUUCAACUGCGCUUUCAACUUGGAUUCUCUAGAAAAGCCAAAUAGGAGGAAGUGUUUAAUAAAAUACUUUUUAGAGACAUCAACUUCACUGAAGCUUCGAAAUCAAAGGAUUAGUUCACACAGCAAAAAGAAAUCAACUUCAAUUAUGGCAGAGAGCUAGUUAUUUUGGUUUAAAAGAUAAACCACUGAACCGAUUUUGAUAAAAUUUCGAUGCCAAUCGAGUGCCCAUUGAGAUAACAAAAGAUUUUUCCAGAUAGAUUCAAAAUUGGCGCAGUUAUGAGGUAACAAAUAUAAAACAAAAAAAAACCAGCCGAAUUGAGAAUCUCCUACAUUUUGAAGUCAGUUGGAAAGUUCAUCGAAAUUAGACAGAAAUUGAACUAGCUGAAAACCAUAAGGCGUCUCACCUUUGUCUCAUAAACUGAGAUACUAGUACUCAAGAAACCACUUGACGUGUAUGUUUUUUUUUAAUUACCCACUGACUAUAAACGGGCAAAGGCAGAUAGAUAGAUACUCUUUAUUGUUUCCUCUAAAAGAUUACAAUAGUAAACUUAUUUUAAAUAGAUACAAACAAUUGCAAGAAAUGUUCACACUGAUAACACAGCGGCCUUAUCGUUAAGAGCGAUCUCUUCCAGGCAACCUUUGAAUGGAGAGUAGUUAUAAAGGAUGUUAGAUCAUACAGCUGUGUUUUGGUAACCUCUUUUUGUGUAUUAAGUGGUCGAUAGAAGAAUAACUUAUGUUUCCUUUCACAUUUAAAGAGGCCGGACAUUUGAAGACAGAUCCGGUUUUUAUUUUAUACAACUUAGAAUGGCAAACAAGCUGACGGCCCACCUGAUGGUAAGUGGUAACCGUCGCCUAUAGAUUUGUACUUUUAGUUAUUUUCAAUGAUGGUAAUGGAAUGUUAACUCCGCCCGCGUUAACUGCGUACGCUGGCGGGCGCCACUGGGGAUGAUUGGUAAUGAUGAAAAGGCAGGUCAGUUAGACAAUUGCGAUGAUAUCACCUUUAAUUCGAGAGAACGGCGAUGGUUUUCAUUGGCGACUAUGUGGAGACCGACCUAGUUAUGUAUAAUGCUAGCAAUGGAGCCUGUAUUCUUAAUUAGGUACUAACAAUACCUUUCCCCCACAAUUUUGGGGUGUCACAGUCUACUUGCCCCUACUCCCCCUUUAAUAUACCUAUGCAUUUGACUUAUUGUAAAUGGUGUUUAUUUAGUUCCAAUGUUAAUAUAAUUCGAUACAUUGAUUUAUAGAUCCUCUUAAUUUACUUUUCACCAUAGAUCUUGAGUUGUAUAGAUGAGGACAUUAUUUAUAUUUAGUGCUGCAAUAAUUCUUUUCAUUUUCUCAGCAGAUUAUGUAUUUUUUAAUUAAAUCUGACAUAAAAAAAUGGUAUGUAAAAGAAACGUAAAGAAUCAAGUACCAUGCCAAAGUUUUAAUGAUUUUGUUUUUUGAAUUUUACCGUUAGGUUAAAAAAUUGACAAAAAUGUCCUACACGGACAAGUGAUUUAUUAAUAAUUAGUUAUGACCCGCGACUUCGUUCGCAUAACCGGUAUAUAUUUACUGACUGGGAUGAUAAGUAGCCUAUAUUCUCCAUCCUCUAUAAUACUUGUAUACCUAAUUUCAUAGUGAUAGGUGUAUACGCAAAUUUUACAUUCAUUUUCACAUUUAUAAUAUUAAUAUUUGAUGAAUAUUUUAACCUUGACCAUAUUUUGUGCAUUUUUUUUUAAUUAUACAAUUAAAAUAUUGUCAUUUGACUGUUUGUUUACUUAUUACUAUAUUAUUAUAUUCAUACUUUUUUAUACUACUUAGACUGGAAAACACAUUUAAAAUUGUUAGAACACAAGUGACUGACAAAACGAUCAAAUAAGGAUGUCAUGCGUUUAUUUUCCAGUUCUGAUCUAUUCAACUUAAUAUCUAUGGUUUAUCACUUGUAGGCUGUAAUGUAACUAUAGUUUAAGAUAGCUUUAAGUAUGACUUAAGUAUAAUGAGUGAAUAUAUUUUUGUGAAUGUAAUGUCCGAUUCUGUGAAUUUAAUUUAAAUAUAUUGAUGGUUCGCUUAUGCGACAAAAUAUUAUAAGUUUUGUAGAGUGUAAGGUAGGAAAUUAAAAAAAAUUAAAUAAUAAAUAAAGUACUUUUAUUUAUA